UACUAUUGUAACCAUAAAAAACGAAAUAAAUAAAUAAAUAAUCUGUCUCAUUCUUGCUGUCUUUUAAUGUCAGGGCUCAAUAUUUUCUUUAACUAGUUUUCUAUAUUUUUUUAUAAAUUAAUCACUGGCCAGAUUGAGAUUUUUGAAGAGAAGUCCACGUUUAAUGUUUACCCCGCUUCAGUCAUUAUUAUUAUUUAAACUAACAAUCUGUUGGUCUCAUCAUUUUGCGGCAGCUAGGGGCACUCGAAGUUGGGGAAAGAAGCUUGUAAUAGUUAUUGUACCGAGCACUGUAUUUGUGAUUAUAUUGCUGGGAAUUCUUAGGAGAAGGAAAUUGUUAUCAAAUGAAAUGAUGUCAUUUUCGAAGAAAAGAACAAGAAACACUCAAAAUGUUGAGGUUUUUCUAAGGAAUUUCGGAUCCCUGGCACCUAAAAGAUAUAGUUACUCAGAUAUCAAGAAAAUGACGAAUUCAUUUAAAGAAAAAUUGGGCCAAGGUGGUUACGGUGGUGUAUUCAAAGGGAACCUACCCAAUGGUCGCUUGGUUGCAGUGAAAGUUCUAAAUGCAUCUAAAGGCAAUGGAGAAGAGUUUAUUAAUGAAGUUGCAAGCAUUAGUAGGACUUCCCAUGUUAAUAUUGUGACUCUUCUGGGUUUCUGUUUUGAUGGCUCCAAACGAGCACUUAUCUAUGACUUCAUGUCCAAUGGAUCUCUUGAGAAGUUCAUCUACAACAAGAAAUCAGUGGAAACAAGCCCUAACCUUGGUUGGGAAAGACUAUAUCAAAUUGCAGUUGGCAUUGCUCAAGGAUUAGAGUAUUUACAUCGUGGUUGUAAUACUAGAAUUCUACAUUUUGACAUAAAACCUCAUAACAUCCUUUUAGAUGAAGACUUUUGUCCAAAGAUAUCUGACUUUGGUCUUGCUAAACUAUGUCCUAGAAAAGAUAGUAUCAUAUCAAUGGCAGAUGCUAGAGGGACUAUAGGAUAUAUUGCACCUGAAGUGUUCUCUCGAAACUUUGGAGGAGUUUCACACAAGUCAGAUGUCUAUAGCUAUGGAAUGAUGGUAUUAGAAAUGGUUGGAGGAAGAAGGAACAUUGAUGCAGGAGUUGAUCACACAAGUGAGAUUUAUUUUCCACAUUGGAUCUAUAAGCAAAUUGGACAAGGUGAGCAUUUACAAUUGGACAUGGUCAUGAGGGAAGAGGACGAAGAAAUAGCAAAGAAGAUGGUUUUAGUGGGUUUAUGGUGCAUACAGAUGGAUCCAACUAAUCGACCAUCAAUCAGAAAAGUUGUGGAUAUGUUAGAAGGAAGCCUUGAAUCAUUGCCAAUUCCCCCCAAGCCAGUGUUUUCUUCUCCUCCAAGACAAGUAGCUGAUUCUUUUACUGGAUCAUCAUCUUAAUUGCUUUCCUAUAUAUUACUUGUUUAUGACAUUCA